UUGAAAAUAGAGGACAAUUUUGGUAUCGAGGAAUUAAAAAUUAUUUGGAUGGGCUUAAUUUAAAAAAGUACUUGCAAGUAAAACAAAAAAUUGAAAUAGAUAUUAAUACUGACGGACUCCCUCUUUUUCGAAGUUCAAAGAAAAAAUUUUGGCCAAUAUUAGGACAUCUCGUAGGAACUAAAAAUUAUCCAUUCAUUAUUGCUAUUUAUUUUGGGAAUUCUGAUCCAAAUAAUGUGAAAGAGUUUUUGCAAGAUUUUGUAACUGAAGUUGAUAAUCUAAUUUCUAAUGGUUAUGUACGAUAUGGAAAAACUUUUAUUUUUUUAAUUAGACAUUAUAUUCUUGAUGCUCCAGCUAGAGAAUUAAUAAAAUGUUGUAUAGGCCAUAAUGGAUAUGCUUCAUGUGAAAAAUGUACAGUAUGGGGAGAACGAUUAGAUUAUAGGCAAACGUAUAUUGAUUUACAUGCUCCUUUAAGAACUGACGAAAGUUUUAAAAAUCAAAUGCAACCUCGCCAUCAUAAAGGAGUAUCACCUCUUCUUCAACUUAAUACCAAAAUGGUCUCUCAGUUUCGAUUAGAGCCUAUGCAUUUGGUAUAUGAAGGUGUGUUUAAGAGAUUAUUAGAAGCAUGGAAGAAUUGGAUAAGUCCAUGGAAACUACACUGGACUGUUGUAAACAGAAUAUCUGAUAGGCUGAUUCUGUUAGCCCCUUCUUGUCCUCAGGACUUUGCUCGAAAACCCAGAUCUUUACAUGAAUUAUCAUUUUACAAAGCAACGGAAUUCCGUCGUUUAUGUUUAUACGAUGGCAUAGCAGCUUUUGCUUCACAUCCUGAUAUAAAUAUUUAUAAGCACUUUCUAUUAUUGCAUUGUGGAAUUUAUAUUCUUACAAGUCCCAUUCUUUAUAAAAGUUUUAACGAGUAUGCAAAUACUCUACUCAGAACUUUUAUCCAACAUUCUAUCACAUUAUUUGGAAAAUUAUUUGUUGUAUAUAAUGUUCACUCUCUUUGCCAUUUGGCACAAGAAUGUAUUGAUCAUGGUUGUUUAGAUACAUUUAGUGCCUUUCGUUAUGAAAACAAAUUAAAAAUGAUUAAAAGUAACCUCAAAUCUGGUUUUAAACCCAUUCAACAAGCAGCAAAACGUGAGCUAGAACAAAUUUGUCGUUUUGAAAUUUAUAAAUGAAGAUGUUGAUUGCGACGAGGAAGACGAUUCUUUAUUUGAAGUUGGUCUUAUUAAAUGGCUAAAACAAUUAGAUGAAGAAACAAAUGCAAAAAUUUCUUGGCCUCCUAAAUCUGAGCAGAGUACUGCAAUUAAAAAAGAAAUAGAUGCACUUCCUUCAUGGCCGAUAUAUAAUGUUACUGUUUUAAAAUGUUAUGAUACACUUUUGGCUGCACGAAAUGCACGAAAUGGAUAUAUUAUGUCGUCUAAUUAUGAAACAGAGUGUGAAUUUGGUCGUGGUAAACGUAAAAAAAUUAAGCGGCAGUUUGCAUGUGAUGAAUCUCUCUCGACAGAAGUGACAAAAAAGAAGAAAUUUAAAAAUAUUUCAACUUCUGAUGAUUCAGAUUUUGAUAGAGAUGAUAGUGCUAUAAAAAAAUAUAAAUUUAAACAUGCUCCUUCUCCGCCACUUAUCUUGUUUCGAUCAGAAAAUAAUAAAGUAAAACAAUAUCAAAACAAUAUUAUCACAGAUAGCAAAACAAAAAAAUUUGAAAGAUUACAGAAAAAUAAACAAUUAGAAAAAAAAUGACGCAAUGUUGACAUUUUCUAAAAAUCAUAAAUCUAAAAAGGAUCUCUUACUUACAAAAAUAUGUCAAGCAAGGAAGGUAACUUCAGUUACGGAUAACAAAACAAAAAUCAUAGAGAUUGCAAGAGAAAAACAGAAAUGUUUAAUAGAAGAUAAUAUGGAUUCUGAUAAUGCUACAGAAGAAAAUAUUGAUCCUAAUAUUCCACGAGAGGACGAUUUUUCAAUGAAAGUUCAGGAUAUGUCAUCAAAUAAAGAUGUAUCUCCAAGUACAAGUGCAAGAUCGAUAAAUAUAGAGACACCAGAAUUACGUCAAAAGAGUCCAGUUACUUCACAUGUGACAGCUGUAACUACACCGAGUUCAUCUUGUAGAUCAAGUAGUGUAUUAGAUGUGUCUAAAGCGACCUUUGAUAUGAAAGCUUUUGAAAAAAAGAUGUAUUCGUUAAAUCAAGAAAUUAGUAGCAAAUUAGAUAUGAUUACUAUGAAUUUAUGCAGAUUAAAUCGCUUUCUUCUACCACAUGAGAAAAGAAUAAUAAGACCAGCAGAUCUUCCAGCACUUCCAUUGACAACAGAGGAAGAAUUAGAAAAAUUUGAAAAAUAUUUAACGAAAGAUGAUAAUGCUGGUGCAACUAUUUGUUACAUGAGUCAAAUUAUUGGUCCUAAAGACAAUAUUAAGGAAGCUACAUAUAAAGUACUAAGGAAACUUAUUUCAAACACAUUGGCAGCAGACUUUACUUUAAAAAGUGGUAAACAUUUAUCCAAAAAAUGUUUCGAAAAGCUGAUGCUGUAUGAAGUUGUUCAAGGUAAGUAAACUUAUAUUUAUUUCCAACUAAGAAUCGUUUCAA